AUGAGGGGAAAAAAGGAGAGAGGGGGAGAUUUAUCCAAAACUGGUCUUGCUGCCUUUGAGGAUAAGGGUAAACCUGACAAAAUCGACCCAAAUCUCGUCCGCCGUAUUGUCGUGAGGGAUCCCUUGCCUUGUACAGUCUCUAGCAAUAUGUACAUUGUUGAAAGCAUCAUGCUUCAUUUACAAACAGGAGUAACCUUCUCUAAAGAAAAAAAAAAGACACAUCAUGGUGCGGGGAUUUUUUCUUCUUCUUCCAAAGGACAUAAGAAGAUUGGGAAGAUCGAUGAGAACACGGACAGUACAAAAUAUAUGACCGUUCUUCAGCAGGGUCUUCUGGAAGCGUUAGAAAAGCAAAAUAUGAACAAGUAUGAAAUCAAAUUUUUGCAUAAUAACGCAAAAUCCCACGCGGCAGCCAGCACCAAGCAGGGACCAAAGAAAAGCUAG